CACGCAUAAAGGGCACGUGACUACAUAGCAAAAAUUAAACAGUACCAACCAAUUCUCACUCACUGGCGCUCAUGGCCAGUGAUACUGGUGCAGCAUCUUCCACGGUGAACCAUAUUGAAGUUUUCUGGCACGAAGGAAUGCUCAAGCAUGACACGGGCAAUGGAGUUUUUGACACAGGAAUGGACCCAGGCUUCUUGGAAGUGUUGGAGAAGCACCCUGAAAAUUCAGAUAGAGUGAGGAACAUGGUUUCCAUUCUCAAAAGGGGUCCUAUCUCACCUUACAUUUCAUGGAAUCUUGGUAGACCUGCUCUUAUUCAUGAGCUCCUUUCUUUUCAUACUUCUGAAUAUGUAAAUGAACUGGUAGAAGCUGAUAAAGAAGGAGGGAAGAUUCUCUGUGCUGGCACAUUCUUGAACCCUGGAUCAUGGGAUGCUGCACUUCUUGCUGCUGGGACUACAUUGUCUGCAAUGAAACACAUAAUAGAUGGGCAUGCAAAAGUUGCUUAUGCUUUGGUUAGGCCCCCUGGUCACCAUGCACAGCCUUCUCAAGCUGAUGGGUACUGUUUCCUUAACAAUGCCGGUUUAGCAGUGCAAUCGGCUUUAGAUUCUGGGUGUGAGAAGGUUGCAGUUAUAGAUAUUGAUGUUCAUUAUGGAAAUGGCACAGCUGAGGGAUUUUAUCGAUCUAAUAAAGUUCUUACUAUCUCUCUUCAUAUGAACCAUGGAUCAUGGGGUCCUUCUCACCCACAGAGUGGAUCUGUUGAUGAGCUAGGUGAAGGAGAAGGUUAUGGAUAUAACUUGAACAUACCUCUACCGAAUGGAACUGGGGAUGAUGGUUAUAGAUAUGCCUUCAAUGAGUUGGUCGUUCCUUCAAUCCAUAAGUUUGAGCCCGAUAUGAUAGUUUUAGUUAUUGGACUAGACUCAAGUGCAUUUGAUCCCAAUGGAAGGCAAUGCUUAACAAUGGAGGGCUAUAGAGAAAUUGGGCGAAUUUUUCAUCUUCUUGCAACAAGGCACAGUGGUGGACGCCUUCUAAUUGUCCAGGAAGGUGGAUAUCAUGUCACAUAUUCUGCAUAUUGUUUACAUGCAACACUUGAGGGGGUUCUCAAUCUACCAGUGUGUCUACUACAAGAUCCUGUUGCUUAUUACCCAGAGGACGAGACAUUUCCUGUUAAAGUUAUAGAAGCCAUUAAAAAGUAUCAAAAAGAAAAAGUGCCCCUUUGGAGAAACUCAUGAUAUCUUUCCUCCAAAACCUUACAACAUGUUUGAACCUUUGAUUGUUACAGAAAAAGAGCUCACAUGCUUAGCCAUAAUGUUUAUAACAUCACAUGUGUACAGGGAUUGAGCUUCCUGGUAAUUUGGCACAGGAUUUGUCAGUUUGUUGAAGUUUUUCUUACUGCAGUGUAUUUUUUUUUAUAUGAAUAUAAAGUGAAUGGACUACAAGUGAAUUGUUAACUUCUAAUAUUGACAUUAUUAUUAUUACAGAUUUU